GUUAGCAUCAGCCCCGCGAGCUACAGGGGUUAGCAUCAGCCCCGUGAGCUACAGGGGUUAGCAUCAGCCCCGGGAGCUACAGGGGUUAGCAUCAGCCCCACGAGCAGGAGAUCCGAUCCGACCCGAGACUGAGACUAAACCUGAGGAACCGUCUGAGAGUGGGACCCCCGAACCGGACCGGGUCGCGGGGGUGGGGUCUACAUCUGGGGUCUGGUACCUGGUCUGGUUCGGGGCUCUUUAGGCCGGAUGUUGUCCCUACCCCCGGGACGGGCUGAGACCCGGUCUGAGUGAGGGUCCGGUCUGAGUGAGGGUCCGGUCUGAGUGAGGGUCUGAGUGAGGGUCCGGUCUGAGUGAGGGUCUGAGUGAGGGUCCGGUCUGAGUGAGGGUCUGAGUGAGGGUCCGGUCUGAGUGAGGGUCCGGUCUGAGUGAGGGUCCGGUCUGAGUGAGGGUCCGGUCUGAGUGAGGGUCCGGUCUGAGUGAGGGUCCGGUCUGAGUGAGGGUCCGGUCUGAGUGAGGGUCCGGUCUGAGUGAGGGUCCGGUCUGAGUGAGGGUCCGGUCUGAGUGAGGGUCCGGUCUGAGUGAGGGUCCGGUCUGAGUGAGGGUCCGGUCUGAGUGAGGGUCCGGUCGGGGCGCGUCAGGGAGAGCCGUAGCCCACCGCCCGCUCAGGGUUUAGCAGAGUGACCUCUGACCCCUGUGCCCCCCAGCGCCCACCGCCCCCAUCGCCAACGGGAAGCUGCCCCCGCCCCCGGCGGCCUCGGCCGAGGAGGCGCUGGAGGCCACCGAGGUCCCGGAGCCCCCCCCCAGCCUGGAGGCCCGGCCCGGGCCCCUGGGGCCCUUCACCGAGCACGUCUUCACCGACCCCCCGCCCCGCCUGGGGGACGCUGGCGACCGGACGGUGCCGUCCAAAGAAGACCCCUCGGCCCCCCCGGACACCGAGGAGGGGGGCGAGGACGCCAAGAACUGCACCAGCGUGGCCCCCACCAUGUGGCUGGGGGCCCAGAACGGCUGGCUCUAUGUCCACUCUGCGGUCGGUAACUGGAAGAAGUGUCUCCACUCCAUCAAACUCAAGGACUCAGUGCUGAGCUUGGUGCAUGUGAAGGGGCGUGUCCUGGUUGCCCUUGCCGAUGGGACCCUCGCCAUCUUCCAUCGCGCUGAGGAUGGGCAGUGGGACCUCUCCAACUACCACCUGAUGGACCUGGGACGCCCCCACCACUCCAUCCGCUGCAUGGCCGUGGUCCACGACAAGGUGUGGUGCGGCUACAAGAACAAGAUCCACGUCAUCCAGCCCAAGAGCAUGCAGAUCGAGAAGUCGUUUGACGCCCACCCCCGCCGGGAGAGCCAGGUGCGGCAGCUGGCCUGGAUCGGGGACGGGGUCUGGGUCUCCAUCCGGCUGGACUCCACGCUGCGGCUGUACCACGCGCUCACACACCAGCACCUCCAGGACGUGGACAUAGAGCCCUACGUCAGCAAGAUGCUGGGCACCGGCAAGCUGGGCUUCUCCUUCGUGCGCAUCACGGCGCUCCUGAUUGGAGGGAACCGUCUGUGGGUGGGGACGGGGAACGGCGUGGUCAUCUCCAUCCCGCUCACCGAGACCAAUAAGGUGUCGCCGACGUCGUCCGGGGGCGUGAUCCACGUGUACGGCGACGACAGCUCGGAGAAGAGCAGCGGCGGCAGCUUCAUCCCGUACUGCUCCAUGGCGCAGGCGCAGCUCUGCUUCCACGGCCACAGAGACGCCGUCAAGUUCUUUGUGUCGGUGCCAGGCAACGUGCUGGCCACCCUGAACGGCAGCGUGCUGGACAGCCCGUCGGAGGCCCAGGGGUCCUCGGCCCCCCCGGAGACGGAGGCCCAGAGCGUGCAGAACGUCCUGGUGCUCAGCGGCGGCGAGGGCUACAUCGACUUCCGCAUCGGCGAUGGGGAGGACGAUGAGACGGAGGAGGGCGGCGGGGAGGCGGGCCCGGCGCCGCAGAUGAAGCCGGCGCUCUGCAAGGCGGAGCGGAGCCACAUCAUCGUGUGGCAGGUGUCCUACGUCCCCGAGUGACCUGCCCCUCCUCCACCCAGCUCCACCUCCUCCACCCAGCUCCUCCUCCUCCACCCAGCUCCUCCUCCUCCACCCAGCUCCUCCUCCAGCUCCUCCCCCUCCUCCUCCAGCUCCUCCUCCUCCACCACCACCCUGCUACCCAUCAUCUAAAGAUUAUUAAACCCAUUGCCGUGACGCCCAGGAGACUGUGGGGGGGUCCUCCGUAUCGACUGUAUCUACUCCCCCUUUACUCCUACCUUGUAACUAGACUUCUUGCCUUGUAAGUAACCCCCCCCCCCCCCCCCCCUCCUUAAUGUAACCACGGCAACGGCCCUGGUCCCCAGCAUCAUAACCCCUCUGUAUAAACUCCUGGCAGCUCGCUGUAACUCCUGUAUGACCUCCGACCUGUCCUGCAUCCCCCCCCCCCCCGAUGGUUAUCAGGCCCACCCCAGGCCAUGCCUGAUUGGCUGUUGACAUGUAGAGGAAGCUCACUGAUUGGUGGGGAGCUGUAACGAGUGUCAGGCGGUUUGGUAAUGAAGGCAGCCAUGAGAUCGUCUGAUUAAGGUCAGAGCGACGAGGCCCAGAGGGCGAGGAACCAAACAGAACACAACGGCCAUUCCUCAAAUCUUUAGUCAUGUUUCAAUUCUGUGAAACAAAACCUUAAUCUGCCCCCAAUAGUCGAAUAUGAAACGCUAGUUUGGUUAAUUAAUCUGCUCUCUGUCCUCAUGAAGCCUAACGUGCUGCUGACCUCACCGGUCAGACCAGGUGGUCGUGGUCACACCUUCAUGGUCACAGCACACCUCCGUCAGACCACCUGGUCUGACCGCACCGGUCAGACCAGGUGGUCGUGGUCACAGCACACCUCCGUAAGGCUGGCCUGUUGCCGUAGCAGCCAGCGGGACGGACCAGGCUAGUGUAGUAGCUAAACCAAAGCGUGGAGGAGGAGCCGUCUGAGGGGUCCCAGGGCGGAGCUCAUUACCUCGCCUCCCUCGGUCCAGGAGGGGCGUGUCAGCAUGUUGUCUGGGCGACGCCCACUACAGGGUUCACUGUAAAUCUCCCCGCCAAGGCCCCGCCCCCUUGUUCAGUAUGGAAUCGUGUAUGUUUAUCGCUAUCUCUGUGGAUUAAAUAUUAAACAUUUGUGCGCUGAAAAAACUA